CUCAUUAAAACAAUCCAUAAGACAUAACUAAAUUAUGUAGUUUUUUUAUGAAGUUUUUCACACCUUUUGGACCAUUUUAUUUCUCCAUAUCUUAGGGACCAUUUUUUGUUUCUUUUUAGGUCCAAAAUCAUGGGUGAUAGGCUACGCCUAGCAGUUGGUAUCAUGGGCAAUGCUUCUUCUUUGUUGCUUUAUGCUGCACCAAUCUUGACUUUUACAAGGGUAAUAAGGAAAAGAAGCACUGAAGAAUUCUCAUGCAUCCCAUACAUCGUUGCACUAUCGAAUUGUCUCCUUUACACAUGGUAUGGAUUGCCUGUUGUGAGCUACAAGUGGGAAAAUUUCCCUGUCAUCACCAUUAAUGGUUUAGGGAUCAUCUUAGAGUUAUCUUUCAUCUUCAUCUAUCUUUGGUUUGCUCCAACAAGAGGAAAGAUUAAAGCUGGUACCACAACGACGAUGGUUAUGGUAAUAUUUACCGUAACCGCAAUUAUAUCGGCUUUUGUAUUUCAUGAUCAUCAUCAUCGGAAAGUUUUUGUUGGGACUAUUGGGCUGGUGGCUUCAGUGGCAAUGUAUGCUGCUCCACUUGUCGUCGUGAAACAAGUGAUAAUGACAAAGAGUGUGGAAUUUAUGCCGUUUUAUUUAUCUUUUUUCUCGUUCUUGGCUAGUGUUCUUUGGUUGGCUUAUGGACUACUGAGUCACGAUCUCCUUCUAGCGUCACCAAAUCUGGUUGGCCUCCCCUUGGGCAUAUUGCAACUUGGACUUUACUGCAAAUAUAGGAAAAGAGGAAUUAUAGAAGAAGAACCAAGCAAAUGGGAUUUAGAGCAUAAUAAUCUCCAGGAGAAACCCAAACAUAUUCAGCUCUCAAUGAACGAAGAUAUCAAUGGAAAGAUCUGAAAAGCAUAUUAAACCUUAGGGUAUGGACUUGUAAUAAUUACUAUUUUUAAAAGCUAAAGGUGAAAGUUAUUACAAUAUCAAUGUCUUGUUUUUUCUUUUUUAAAUUUUAGAGCGCAAAGGAUGUAAGAGUUUGAUGCUUUACCAAUGGAGAACAAAAGUUAGCAGUGUUAUGCGUUGUUGUAAACUAAAACCAAAAUGCUCCUCAAAAUAUUAGCAAGUUAUGAUUC